AUGAAGUUCUCCAUCGCAUCUGUCCUUAUCGCCGGAGCCGCCGUCGCGCAGGGCUCCCUCCUCGCUGAGCGUAGCAGCUCCCUCUGCUCAUAUGGAACGGCUGCUCUCCAGGAGCAGCUCUCCUUCGUGUACCCUCUGUUCACGGCUUGCAAGACGGCACUGAAUGGCAAGUACACCAACCCUUGGGGCAACAAGAUCUGUGUGGCUGCCGCUGUCGUCGGUAGCCCCGGUCUUAUCCGUGAUGCUCUCUCCUGCUCAUACUCGUCGAUGGGCGACCUUGACACCCUCCCGUACCUCGACUACAGCGUCUACGCCGCCAUCGUCGGCUCCUGCGCAUACUCGUCCACUGCAUGCAAGAUCACGAAGCAAAACCUGAUUGACCUUGUCUACGGCGCCAUCAGCGCCGAGUCUUCCGCUGUCUGGCCAUCCUCGUCUGAUGCCCUCACCGACACGUACAUCACCCCGAUCUUCACAUGGACCGCAACGGGCAGCAAGAUCCCCUACACAAACUUCAACGACUGGCUUCACUACGCGCCCGACGACGAGUCCGACUGCUGA